UCCAAUUUACAUGGAGUCUGCAUUCCAUUUGGUCGAGUUUUACAACGAGAGAGAGCAGAGCCCCAAAGAUGUUAAUAAAUAUGUGUAGAACUUGUGGCAGGCGCAAUCUCUGUGACCAAAGCAUAAAUCUUUUCGAACGUGCCAACAGGAAGAUGGUGCGGUAUAUUUUUAUGAUUGCUGGAGUUCGGUUGAAAGAUCUGUCGAACGUUCCCACCUUCAUCUGCCAUUGCUGCAAGUCGGAUCUUUCGGCUGCCAUAACUUUUCGAAAGCUGUGCCUAAAGACCCAGAAACGAUGGCUGCCCAAAAUUGUGGUAGACGAAGACUCCUCGCUAAGCGAAUUGGAAUGCCAAGCAACGACAGACAGUUGCAGCAAAGUCAGCACAUUCAGGGAAACUGAUGACGAGGCAAAGGAGCCGGAAGAACCUUUCCUAAUAAUGCUGGAGGAGCAGCCAACGAACAGCCUCUUCGUGGAUGAAGAUAAUCACUUGGACCUGGAUGUCGAUAUAAAAAGCGAGCCAGAGGAAAGCUGCAGCAAAGCGGAGCAGUCAACGGCUGAUCCAAUAUUAACCAAAAAUACUAACUUGGACCUGAAUGUCAAUGUAAAAAGGGAGUCAAAGGACAGCUGCAGCAAAGCUGAGAAGUCACCUGCUGAUCAAAAAUUAACCAAAAGUUGCCACAAAGCUAAACAGAAAGUCGAACCCUACAUAUGUGAGCAGUGUGGCAUGCAUACCCAUUCGAGGAUUGUAUUUGGGCGUCACAUGCAAAAGCACACGGGCGAGCGCCCGUUUGGCUGCCUGGAGUGUACUGCAAAGUUUAUCACGGCUUCCGAAUUGCAGUCGCAUCAUCGUGUCCAUACGGGUGAGCGACCGUUUGCCUGUCGCUAUUGUGAGCGGAAGUAUGUCAGCUUCAUGGGCAGAUUGAAGCACGAGAGAAUCCACACCAACGAGCGGCCUUUUGUCUGCGCCGAGUGCGGCAAGACAUUCACCGGUUCCUAUGUAUUAAAGAAUCACAUGCUAGUGCAUACGGGCGUGCGACAAUUCCGAUGUGAUCUCUGUGAGCGGGAUUUUCAGCGUAAGACGCAUCUGCAGGCGCAUUUCAAAUCAAACACUCACAAGCAGAACAUCGUCAAGCAGCAGCAGCAGCAGUAAGACGGUGUCUUGUGAUUUUAGAAUAAUUUGUAGUUACGUAUACGCAGGGAACCAAAUAUAAUCUUAGUUUAAACGAGAAAUGAAAUUCA